AUGGCAGUCUACGCGCCGCCAGGAGACGCCAUGGAUGGGUGUCGAGGGUCGCCGUCCCUGGCGUCCUCAUCCGCGAAUCCGCGCUCUGACCGUCUUUCGCGGCUGCUAGAUGGCCCUUUGGAGGCGGCUGAAGCUGCGGCGGAGUCCGCGCCCUUCCGUGGAGCGGAAGAAGAGGACGACGAUCUCGUGGACGUGGCGGACGACGCCUCUCGGCGGCGAUUCCUCCACUUAUCGGAGGAGCACAUUGCGAUCUUGAGUAACCUCAAUCAAAACCAGCUCCUCAAAGUUGUUGACCAAAUCUGCGAACGCCAGCAUCCCCUCGACGCAGUCCUCGACACGGUCGCCGCCGACGUCGCUGCGAGUGUGCGCAAGGUCGCUGAGCAGCAGCGCCAAGCAGACGCGGAAGCCCCGCUGGACGACGAAAGAGUCGCGGCUCUCGCCGCCUCGAAUUCGAUGACCAAAAGUGUGUCUGACCCCUCCUCGUCGCCUGACUAUUUCCUUCAUAUUGCCCGGUUUGUGCCGCUUCGGCUUACAUUCGAAGAACGUGUCUUCCUCCGUCUGCUGGAAAGCACGCUGGAGGUGUCGGAGUACACAGACAAAAUCGACAUUCUCUGCGGGGGGAGCAAGGCACGGCGGAUGGCCCGUGAGAUUCGGCAAGUUUGCGCCAUCCUCUCCGGUCUGACUCUCGCGCACAACUACGAGGAGGGUCAGCGCCUGGUGCGCGACCACGACUUUGUCUCGAACCGGGCUUUCUUUCAGACGGUGUUCGAGAUUGGUCGCCGGUACAAGAUUUUGAAUCCUGAGCGGAUGCGGAGUGCGUACGGCAAGCUCAUCUACCUCCUCAUGGACGCGAAGAAGCCGGAAGUUUUGCAGCUCCUCCAGUUCGACUGCGUCAUUCCUGUCAACACGGUUUUCUCUUUGCUGGCGGGCAAGAAGAACGGGCUCGAGCUGCUCAAGGACCCGCUCGUUCGAGUCGCCACCAUGGAAAUUAUGCCAGAGGGAAAAAGCAGGGCUCAAAUUCAACGCGAAAUCAAGGAGAAACAGAACGCAAUCAAAACGCUGGCGAAGAAAUACGCAGGCAGAGACGUCCAAAAGAACUCGCCUGGAUUCUUCGGACUGCGGCUUUCUUUCUUCCAGCGGUCUGACAGUUGCGGCAGCGACGACGGCGGACGCGGAGAUGCAGACGACCGGAGCGACUUGCUGACACCCGACGAGAUUGAGCAAUGCCUCUAUUCUCUCGGAGAUCACAACACGUAUCUGCGUUUCAACCGCGAGCCCUGCGACAGAAUGAUUAGCUUUCUGCGGGAGUACUUCGAUCCUUCGGAGCCCGAAGACGGGUACUCCCUCGCGAUUUCGUCUGGCGCAGGCGGCGCGCGCCUCACGCACUCUCACAGUCGGCAGUACGUCUACGUGCUCCAGUCCCUGACGCUGUGGCGGGAGGUCUGCAGCGAGAUGUUCGUUCUGUGGCAGAUGGCAGAGGCCGACAUGCUUCACAGCGGAAACUACUACCGCCUCAGAGACACUGGUCAAGGCCUUAACCGCGUGCAGGACUGCCCGCGCGUGAGCAACGCGAUGCAGGCGAUCCUGGAGCGCGUGCAGCGUUUCACGACGCAGUGGGUGGGCUCCUCCGUCGUUCACCUCGGCGACCACAACGUGCCAAACGCGUUGAUGUUCAUCGACAAAUACACGCAGGUGCCGCGGAUCCUGGGGCCCCUGGUCCUGUGCCUGGAGAAGCUGCCGGAAGUCUACGAGUCCAAGCAGGCGAUGCGCAACUACUUCGACAACCAAUUUGGCGGUCUGCAUGCGCUUCGCAAACGGAUUCUGUGCGACUUCUUCCGCCACGCGUUUGACGGCAGCGGAGGAGACAAUUUCUUUGACGCAGGCAGCUGCAUUGACGGGCGGUUGACUUCGGCGUGGAACUGGUGUUCAACGAUUGAGAAGAAGCCUUUCUUCCCUGCGUUCCUUCUCACGGGUUUCCAGGGCUUCGACGGCAAAUUCUGA